UGAGUUUAUAUAUAGCUGCUGGACAUAUUUGUUGAAAUAUUAGAGAUUACAGAAAAGAUCAACAAUUUUUGAGAAAACAUAAUGGCAAAUAAGAUUUGCCAUAAACACUACGCACAUCCUUUUUUCUUUUUGAUUUAUUCUAUCCUUGUGUUGAUACCGUUUAUCACUACAACCGUCAUUGAUGCGUGCAUGGAUAAGGAGAGACAAGCUCUUCUUCAUUUCAAAUCUUACAUUCACCAUGACCCCGAUUAUCCCUUUGACGAUCUUUCUUCAUGGACACCUGAAUACGAUUGUUGUAAUUGGGGUGGAGUCACGUGCAACAACCAUUCUCGUGUCACAAGCCUUGUCUUGUUUGCUAAUAAUCUUCGAGGUACUUAUCUGGGCAAAGCGGAUAACUGGGUGAAUGCGGUUUCAGGUCUUAAAAAACUAGAAACAUUAGAUUUAAGUGGAUGUAAUCUCUGGCAGGUCAAACAUCCAUAUUCUCAUUCAUCUGUGAACUCUUCUUUAUUGUCUAUUCGUACACUAUUUCUUGACAACAACAAUCUCAACUCAUCCAUUUAUGAAUGGUUGUUCCGAUUAACUAGCAAUAAACUUGAGUAUUUUGAUCUAUCUCAAAAUAAGUUAGAUGGGAUUCCAAAAUAUCUUGGAAAUCUAUGUAGUCUGACAAAAUUUGGUUUCAACAAAAACUCAAUUCUUGUCAACUUUCCCGAUUUCCUGAACAACCUGUCUGGGUGUACAUCUUUAUCGUUAUCAGAGUUGAGCGCUUCAGGUAGCCAACUUACAGGGCCUUUGUCUGAUGACAUCCAGAAUUUUCCAUCUCUAUCAUAUUUGUCCCUUGACAAUAAUCAGAUAAAUGGAACUAUUAGUGAAAAAGUGUGGCAACUACCCAAGCUUGUAGGACUAGACAUUUCUUCCAAUUUUCUUAAAGGUGCCAUCCCUGAAAAUAUUGGAAAUACCAACAUUCCAAUUAUAAAUCUCUCAAACAACUCACUUGAUGGAGUUCCUUUAGAAGCUCACAUGUCAAACCAUUCGGGUGUGGAAAGUAUUAACUUGAGAUCUUGCAAGCUAGGGCCUCGUUUCCCCAAAUGGAUUCAAAAACUGAAAAAUCUUACGAACAUUGAUAUUUCCAAUACAAGAAUUUCAGACACAAUUCCGGAGGGGUUCUGGAAUACAUGGCCUUCCCGAUUGACAUACCUGAAUCUCUCUUACAACAACAUUACCGGUAAAGUAACAGAUGUGUUAUCAAACAACUUUAUUGGUCCUUCAAUCAUAGAUUUGAGUUCAAACAACUUUUAUGGUCCUAUAACUAAUGUUCCUUCCAUGUUGAAAAGUUUAUUCCUUUCCAGGAAUAAAUUCUAUGGCGGAAUCUUCUUUUUGUGCCAGAUUGAUAGUGAGGCAGUUGAAAUUAUUGAUCUGUCAUACAACUCAUUCACGGGACGAAUUCCAGAUUGUUUGUGGAAUUUUGGAUUACUAAGCGUUCUUAGUCUGGGAAAUAACAAUCUGUCUGGAAGGCUUCCAGGUUCUAUACAAGAUUUUUCUAGUCUUGAGGUCUUGUAUUUAUACAACAACAGUUUCUCAGGAGAAUUGCCCUCUUCUUUAAAGAAUUUCACCAAGUUAAACUCUUUAGAUUUGGGGGCCAAUAAGUUUUCUGGUUACAUACCUGUUUGGAUAGGGGAAAGGUUAUCACAGUUGUAUGCUCUUAGCCUAACAUCAAAUAACUUCUUUGGAACCAUCCCUUCCCAAUUAUGUCAGCUCCAAUAUCUACAGAUUCUAGACUUGUCAAUGAACAACCUCUAUGGAGCCAUCCCUUCAUGUCUCAAUAAUCUCACUUCAAUGGUUCAAGGUCGACCACCUUACAAUAAUGUGCAUUAUUUACCAUCUGAUGUUAGAAAACCAGUUAUGUAUGUUGAUCAUGCCAUGGUCAGGUGGCAAGGAAGUGUGCGAGAAUUUAGUAGCACUCUAGGAUUCGUGAAGAUCAUCAAUUUAUCAAGCAACAAUUUAACAGGUAAAAUCCCAAAUGAACUAACAGAUCUUCAUAAAUUAAUUGCGAUGAACUUUUCGAUGAACACUUUAGUUGGAGAGAUUCCGUCGAAAAUUGGUCAGAUGAAAGAACUUCAAAUUUUGGAUCUAUCUAGUAACAAUCUUAGAGGAGGACUACCAUCAAGCAUGUCUCAGAUGACCUUGCUAAACUAUCUAGAUGUAUCGUAUAACAGCUUGUCAGGAAGAAUUCCAUCCGGCACUCAACUCCAGUCCUUUGAACCUUCAAGGUACACCGGAAAUGCAGGAUUAUGCGGACUUCCCCUGUCCAAAUAUUGUCCAGGAGAUAAAGAAUUAGAACGUCCACCCGUCACUCAUGAAAAUAUGGAUGAAGGGAAAGGCAUAGAUGAUCUUCAAAGAUGGUAUUAUAUUGGAGGGGCCACUGGUUUUGUUACCGGAUUUUGGAUGGUGUGUAUUGCUUUAAUUGUUAAUCGCCGUGGGAGACAUGCCUUUUUUCACGUCAUGAAUAGCCUUGAAAAUUGGGUUUAUGUGAAAGUGAUGGUGUUCACUGCAAAAGUGCGAAGGGUUUGACAUAUAUCCCCAGUUGUAUGUUGGAUUUGGUUCUUCUUUUUGUGUGUUGUAUUUAAUUCUUCUUGUUCUUAUCUAGGGAUACAAGUAUAGUAUUGUAAAAUGUAAUGCAUGAUUAAGUUUUAAGUCUGUUUGAUGAAUAAAAUUGCCACCAACACCAUGGGUGGCCAUUUCCCUUUGUUG